CGUCCGGAAGCCCCUUUCCCCAGCACCACGUCGCCGGCCGCUCGCUCCCCGCACCGCGGAGGCGGUGACGCCAGGUGGCGCCGGAGCCGCGCAGGCGGCCUUUUUCCUCCCUGUGGCGCCGAAAUCAAACCCGCCCUGGAGGCCACCAAGUCCAAGAAAAAAGGACUGAGCUUUGAGGAGAAGAGAGCUCGCAUGAUGGAGAUCUUUUUUGAGACAAAAGAUGUGUUCCAGUUGAAGGAUAUAGAGAAGAUUGCUUCAAAAGACAAAGGGAUUACUUCCAUGUCGGUCAAAGAGGUUCUGCAAAGCUUAGUUGAUGACGGCAUGGUGGACACUGACAGAAUCGGAACUUCCAAUUACUUCUGGGCUUUCCCAAGUAAAGCUCUUCAUGCCAGGAAGCGUAAAUUAGAAGAACUGCAGACUCAGUUUGCAGAAACCAGUCAGAAAAAAGAGAUUUUACAAAAGGGCAUUGAAAAAUCGAAAAUUGGACGUGAAAAUACUGCAGAACGUGCAGCUCUGGUGAAGGAACUUGCUGCCCUCCGGCAGAAAAAAGAACAGCUAAAGGCAGAAAUAGAAAAAUACAGGGAAUGUGAUCCAGACAUUGUUGAAGAAAUGCGUGUGGUGUGUUGCAGCUGGCAGAUGAGAUCCUGCAGUGGAACUAUAGGUCAAACAAGCAAAGUAGCCAAGGAGGCAGUCAACAGAUGGACUGAUAACAUCUUUGCAAUAAAGUCCUGGGCCAAACGUAAAUUUGGAUUUGAAGAGAGCAGAAUUGACAAAAGUUUUGGAAUUCCAGAAGAUUUUGAUUACAUUGAUUAGUUGUUCAGCAGUUGAUGUCUGCUACAGUUGUAUAAUACAGUUUGUUACUUAACUGCCAGCUGAGCAAUAUUUGUGUGUCUGAAUUUAUGUGUCUUCACCAAAUGACCACCCUGUAAUUUACAGUUCUUGUUAAAGUUAAUAAAAUUCUAAAAAUGUUCACAUUUCAGUCUUUCCCUCCCACUGUUUGGGCAGUAAAUUAUUUCAUUACUUGUGUAAGACAGACUAGGAAUAAACAGAGCUUAUAGGGACUAAUUAUCACAGAGUCCUGAAACUGGACUUUAUUCUUCUGUUACUUAACUGGGAGUGGUACUAAGACCUAGAAGUUCUAGGGAUUUAUGUUUAAACAGGUUGAAAUUGAGUGGGAAUAACACUGGGAAAUAUGGAGUAGAGUGAUUUUUUCCCUCAUCUAGAUAACAAAAUAUAAAAGAGAUAUAAUCCUUAAUACGAAGCAGUGAUGUGAAUAAAAAGAUCCAAGUUUGAUUUCAA